AUGUCUACAGUAUCUGCUUGUCCAACUAAGUUAAUCCAUGAACCGAAUGGAAAUUUGACCAAAUCAACUAUUGAAACCUUUAGUCUUCAUCAUAAUAUUCAUAAUAAUAAUAAUAGUAAUAAUAAUAAUAAUUCCAUAUAUCCAAUGAGUCAUAUAACUGCAGCGAAUUCAUCUUCAUAUACCAAUGAUACCCCUAUAGAACAUCAGCGUCGACGUAAUACGUCUCUACCUGCACCACAUUUAUUGUUACAAUCGAAAUCAGAUUAUAGUCGAACAUCAAGCAUGCUGGAUACUCACAGUAGUCACAAUACUAAUAAUAGUAAUAAUAAUAAUAAUAGUACUAAUCGUGAGAAUACCACUUACUGUCCAUCAAACGGUUUAAAUUAUACAAAUAAUAACUCAGAGGCUGUGAAUUUAAAUCAUCGUGAUCAAUCAUUGAAUCUGAAAUCGACAUCAUUUAUCAAUACGACUACUGUGAGUAUAACUAGUAGUAGUGGGAGUAGUGCUGACACGAUAACACAUAACUAUCAUAAUGGUACACGAAGUAAUUACAAUAAUUAUCCUUCACGAGGUAAUCUAAUGACAUCACAAUACGAUAAUAUAACCGAUGCAAUACCAUACAAUAAUGAUUAUAUGGCUUAUUCAAAUAUGUCAGAAAAUGAAUUUGGACAUUGGAAUGGUAAUUCGCUGGCGGAUGACUUAAAAAUCACUCCUAGGACUGGAUUUCGUCCUCAUGGACUGGAUGAUGCUCAACAGUUGUCUUCGUGUGGGGAUGGUUUUGCUGUGCUUUCUCCUCCAAAUGGUAAUAUGUCAGAUUUUCAAGGAAUGAAUCGUUGUCCACCUUCAUGUCCAACACCAAGACAUGAAGAACACUCAGGGAAUCAACCUAGUGGUAGUACAACACAGCAUAUAACCACCGGUGGAAGUCAUACACAACACCAUCCACCAUAUCAAUCGAAUGGUUAUUGUAAUCUUGGCGAGAGAAUAUAUGAAAAUACACCGAAUAGUCCAACAAAUUUAAAUUGUGGACAAAAUCUUAUUCAUUCAAGAAUUAAUUGUGAUACAAAGAAUGCACCAUUGUCGAUUAAUCGUACUUCACGGAGUGCUUCAACGCCAACUAGACUGUUGGUUGUCUCGACAGCAAGUCCUGUGACUAGUACAAUCACCAUGACACCGGAUUCGUCUACAAUUGGAUUUGCAGGGAAUAAAUUUACUUGUUCAUCAGAUGAUGGUGAAGCAUCGCCUACACCGACAUGCAGUAGUGGAUGUCCACAAACUCCAGGAAGAGCAAGGAAACCUGCGCCUACGUUGGCUACUGGAAGAAGAAAUUUAAAAGGAGAAUUAGUUGAUCCCGACGAAGCUGAUCGUCGAAUGAAACGACGUGAACGUAAUCGUAAAUCAGCCCAAAAAUGUCGUGAACGUAAAGUUCAACGUACACAAGAAUUACAAUCACAAGUUGAGUGUUUACAACUAGAAGCAAGUCGUUUAAUGCAAGAGCUGGAUAGUUGGAGAUCAAGAGCACGUCAAUGUGUUGCCUUAUUACAACAUCAUUGUCCUGGUGUUGCUAUACCCUAUUUAUCAUGUUUAAAUGAAACCGUAAUACCGGGGUGUAUGAAUACAUUUAAAGAACCAAUGGAUAGUUUAACUGAAUUAAUCACAUCAGAUAAACAAAUGGAUUGUGAUACUGAACACUACAGUUGGAAAAUGAAACCAUCUGGGAAAACAUAUACUAACAUAAGCGAAACUGUAGGCAGUGCCUUCAUUACAAAUAAUGAAUCGAAUCAAAUACUUCCUCCAAUGAAUUUAUUACAUUCCCAUAUAACACCGAAUCGAUCAAAAUCACUGUUCACUUUCUCAUCAAACAGUAAUAAUAAUAGUAACAAUUCUACUAAAGAUAAUGACAAUCAGAUAUUUACAACACAACACAACACAACAGAAUCGAAUCAGUUACCAAUUCUUAAUCAGGAUAAUCAUGAUAUCUCAGGGUCUUUGUUAAUUCCAAUGUCAAGAAGUACUUCACAAGUAUCUGUUCGAGGUCCAGCCUCUGGUUCAUCAUCAUCUUCAUGUUCCACUUAUGAAUUAUCAUUCCCUUCAUUAGACAAUCAUCAUUCUCAUUGUUUGAAUGAGACGAGUUCAUUUAAAGACUAUUCAACACCAUCAUCAUCAUCAUCGUCAUCACAAACUGUUAAUCCAAUUUCAAUGAUCACUUCUAGAGAUAGAUCACGUGUACUGAGCGGACAAGAACUAUUAGACAAUCAGUCAUUAGUGGUUAUGUCAAACAAAUCAAUUUCACUUGUCAACAAUAAUAACAAUAAUAAUAAACAACAACAAAAUCAACAAACAUGGAGUAUAGACUAUCACGAAACAUCAGGAAAGAAUAAUUCUUCAAUGGACUGUUGCAGUCCAUUAUCACCGUUGAACAACAGUACAAUGACAAAUCAACAAUUACAAACCAGUAAAGAUUAUCCUAUGAAAAUGGAUCCAGAGUGUUAUGACCAGUGUAGUAAUCCACAAAGAUUGAAUAAGGCAUGA